AUGCAAACUCCCCGCUUAGUUAGGCACCACAUUCCGACUUCCUUCGCGGGCCGAUUAAAAUCGGUCGCAGGUCGAAUUAAAAUUGGUCGUGGGCUGAAUCCGGCUGCCGGGCCGCCGGUUGCCCACCGAUGGUGGCUGGUGGAAUACUUUGGGCAGCUGUCGGUGGAGGACUCGCUCGAGUGUUUGAAGGCAAUGCUACAGACAAACAUGCGACAGAACCUGCAAAUAGUUGUGCAGAUUUCAACAAAAUACCACGAACAGCUCACCACUCAUGCGCUUAUUGACCUGUUCGAGUCAUUCAAAAGUUAUGAAGGACUGUUUUAUUUCCUUGGUUCCAUUGUCAAUUUCUCACAGGAUCCUGAAGUUCACUUCAAAUAUAUACAGGCAGCCACAAGAACAGGACAGAUCAAGGAAGUGGAGAGAAUUUGUCGUGAAUCAAACUGCUACGAAGCCGAGCGAGUCAAAAAUUAUCUAAAAGAAGCAAAGUUGACCGAUCAGCUGCCCCUUAUCAUUGUCUGUGAUCGGCAUGGCAUGGUGCAUGACCUCGUCCUCUACUUGUAUCGAAAUAAUCUACAAAAAUAUAUCGAAGUAUUCGUGCAAAAGUUUGUUGUAUGGGCUGCUGCUGCUGCUGCUUCGUUAUGA